CCCUGCCUGGGUGCUUAACGCCUAUCCCGCGCCAUUCCUCUCCCCCCCAUCUCUCCUCUCCCAUCACGCCUUUUGAUACAGGGUCGCAUCGAGCGCUACUUUUCAAUUCCUUCGGUUGCGCUCAUGGCUCCCCUGACCACGGUGGCUGGCCCGGGCGCCCCGGCCGGAUUUACCUCCAUCAAUCACCAGCAACAAGCGCUAAACAAUGCCGAUGUCAUCGAGAUUGAUGAUAGUGAUGACGAGCCCAUGGAGGAGGCAGAUGAUAUCGAAACUAAUGACGACGAAGGGGACAUGGAAGAUGAGGAGGAUGAGGAGGACGAAGAGGAUGAAGAGGAAGAGGAAGACGACUACGGCGACGAAGAGGACAGCCCAGACAACGACUCCGCUGAGGAUUCGAAUCGCAGUGAAUCGCCCCUGGACCUGAGUCCCCCUCCCACCGAACAAAAUGGUUUGGCCGCUGCCGCUACCCCGGACCUCUUCACUUCAGCAGGCGCACAAGAAGCUCUACACCCUCUUCGUCGCACGGCGGACCGCGUGACGCGUCAGAUCGAAGCCUUCGCCGAGAAGUUGGAUCGCUUCAAACAGCAGGGAAACCGGUCUGGUGAGCUCGAGGACUACAAAGCUGCCUACCAGCUGGUGAGAAGCUACCAAGAGCUGGCGCGUGGCACGAUCCAGGAUAUACAGAAAGACCAUACUUUGAAACGCGCGAAGCUGGGAUUUGGCGCCAACCGGGCCAAUGGUCCAAUGGACGCCAAGGCGCAAGAAGAAAUCCAACGACUGCAGCUCGAGGAAAGCACAUGGCAGCUUUUCUGCAACCUCAUCACUAUCGCCAACCCUCACCGCAUAGCCAAAUCCAAAGAGAGACAAGCAACUGCUUUCCAGAACUUGCACCGCUACUCAACUGACCGCGAAGUUUGGGAGCAAUUCCUCGAUUCGGACGCGUACGCGGUGGAAUGUGUAGUGAUCCUGAAAUGGCUCGAGUACACCGCCAAAAACUCUUCGCAGGAUAUUGACGAUCUCAUUUCGGAAUUGGAGACACAAGCUCAGCGGGGUCAGGGCUCUUGGUCCUUCGGCUGGCUCUAUACAAAGGAGACGAUCAAGGGACACAAACGACUGCGAGCCUGGCCUCAGCCACUUGAGCCUAACGACCCCGGAAUCACCGCCUCUUUGCUCAAGUCAGAAGACUCCGAACCCUUGGUUACUCAGUUGGAUCCCGAUGCGAUCACGAGACAGAAGCAGAAUCUCCAGAAACAGGAUCAAUACUAUGAGCGCGCUACCUGGAUGACACUCUGGAAGAUGCUCAGACAGGGUGAGAGUUGGUCAAAGAUCCGGGAGUGGUCUGCGGAGAGGCUGGAGCCCUGGAGAGCGGUCAGUAUCUGCGGUUCCAGUGUUGACGUAGAGACUCACAAAGGACGCACACCCGUUGACGAUGGACACACGCGCUUGAUGAAUUGGCGGUCCCAGGAGACUUGGAGUGCUGCUUGUAUUGCUCUAGCGCGGAACCCAAAGAUUGAAGACUAUGAGCGGGCUGUUUUCUCGUUACUUUGUGGCGAGACUGAGGCCGCUUUCAAGAUCUGUCAAAGCUGGGAUGACUUCCUCUACGUCUAUUUCAACCGUGCCGUACUCUCCCGUUACCAAGGCUUCUGCAAACAGCUCCAGCGGAAGCUAAGUCACUCGCCCACUGCGCAAGUGCCCUACGUUGCGGAGCCGGCAGGUCACGAUGAAGUGAAGAAGUUCAUAGAGUUCACCCGGGAUCACGACCGCGUCGGCUUUGAGGCGCGCAACCCAUACCGCACCAUCCAGGCAGCCAUACUGUCUCGAGGGUAUGACAAGUUCUUCUUGUCACUGGCCCACGCCGUCUCUCAGGUUGCGAACAAUCCAUCGGACGGGUCAUCUCUGGUUCCUGAGAUGCUACAUAUGUCGGUGGAGGAUAGUCUCCUCAUUACUGCGACGGACCGCGACGCCUUACGUAUUGCAACUCACUUACUCAUUGUUACCCGACGUCUCGGAAUGGUACGGUCGGAUACCACGUUCUUUGACCAUACGUCUGUCAACAUCAUCGGGUAUAUUGCCAACCUGGAGGACGCUGGUCUCGUUGAUCUUAUCCCUCUAUAUGACUCUCUCCUGCCCACUCAUUAUAAGCGUAUCAUUCUGGCGCGCGUCAUGAUUGAGGUUGUUGACCCAAGAGAACGGAGGCUCCUCGUCCAACUCAUGGAAAAACAUGGACUUGACGUUGAAGAAAUCUUGGAGACCCAGUGGGAGUAUAUCAGCCACAGGACUUCCGCCAUCGACCAUUCAAGGACAAUGAAGUUUACCUCCAAGGUUGUAACACGGAAGGAUGGCGACCGCGAAUUGGCUAUCCCAAGGCACGAUCUCAUUGGAACAGAGAUCUCCGACGUAGAUGAACGAGUGAUUCGAAGCCUGGAGUGGCUUCGUUUUGUUGACGGACAAUGGGGCAAGAUCUGUCAGCUGGGAUCCCAGGUGUACCAGAAAUACUACAGAACCGGAAACCUGGCCGCUGCGAGAGAGCUGAGCAGACGCAUGAACCUUUCCGACAUCUCCCGAGAGUCCUUUGGGUUCGAUUUGGCGAUAAUACUCAAACGCGCUAUGUACCCCGAACGGGACUUUUCUGCCUCAGAGCCCUCCAGUCCUAUCAAAAGCAUACUGUUCACUUCUCCACACAAACGAAGCCGCUCCAAGACAAACGGCAACCCAAUUGCGGGUGACACAGGCCUCCUGCUGCAACAAUCCCAAACUAUGCGUGAUUUGGAAACCUUGAUCAUGGCGUUCGACGGCCUCGAGAAGUUUUCGCUUGCUUUGGAGAAUUUCGAAACGGCUAGGCAAAACCGGGACUCUGGCACUAUCAAAGAUCUUCGAGAGAAAGUCCAGGCUGCAUUAGCUGAAGCCAGUGACCCUGUCGACUUGAUGCUCAGGGAUUGGCUAGUCGGUGCUGAGACGGAAUCCGAGCAAGCAGAGUUGGAAGAAAUCCGAAACAUGUACAUUCCUGAGGUAUUCCUCAACUACCACAACGCCCUCUUCUUCUCGGCCCGAGUCCUCAACAGCGAGAUCCUCGUGCAGUGCAUGAACCUCGCGAUCCAGGUCUCGGAGAACAGGCUACUGACGCAGACCUUUGUGGCCUCGCGUCGUAUGCAAGAGCUGGUGGUUGCGCUGGCGCUGUCUAGUAAAGCCAUGGUGAACACCCGAGCCAAACCCGGGGUGAAGGUACCGGGAGGCGAAUCGUUGGGGCUUUGGAAUGUGGAGACGGUUGAGGGAGAGGAGCUCGACGACGGCAUGGCGCAGUGAACUACACCCGGGCUCAGACGUGUACUUACUGUUGUAAUAUGACACAAGAGAUUCACGACGGAUCGGCAUGAUGCAUGUAUGUACAUUAGCCUUCUCUUUGCUUUUAUUUUCCCAUUUACGCCCUGUCUGUCUCGGUCGUCGUUUGUAUGUUUCUGCGAUUGAGACGCAGUACUUUGCUUGCAUGUAUGCUGGAUUAGACUGGGGCUUUGAAAGGCGGUCUAGGGAACUCAUUAUCAGGCGUCUUUGACUAGGGACUUCAAUGCAAUACGGACCUUUGCGUGGAUGG